AUGGACGGGAGAGAAGCCAUGGCAUUUCCGGGCUCGCAUCCUCACUACUAUCUCCAGAGAGGAGCAGCCUUCACGAAUCUCUCACCUUCCCAGGUCGCGAGUGGACUUCACGCGAUGCCGAACCCCAACGUUCACCACCCUCUGGCUAACCAUCCGGGGCCCCAAUUACCCAUGGCUGACCACAGACACUCUGGUUUCGGACACAGCAUUCACAUGGGGAUGUCUUCUUCUGUUGCGGUUGAGCAGCAGCCGCCUCCGCCAAUGAUGGAGACGCCGAUGGUUAAGAAGAAACGUGGAAUGCCGAGGAAGUAUGCUCCUGAAGGUCAAGUCUCGUUAGCGCUUUCUCCCAUGCCUUCUUCUUCUUCUGCAGUGACUGAUCCAAAUGCUCCUAAGCGAGCCAGAGGUCGUCCUCCUGGAACUGGAAGGAAGCAACGCCUGGCUAAUCUUGGUGAGUGGAUGAACACUUCGGCUGGACUUGCUUUUGCACCUCAUGUCAUCAGUGUGGAAGCAGGAGAAGAUGUUGUUUCGAAAGUUAUGGCGUUCUCACAGCAACGACCUAGGGCUCUUUGUAUAAUGUCAGGCACCGGAACAGUUUCGUCAGUCACUCUGCGUCAACCCGCUACAACAGAGGCUUCUGUAACAUUCGAGGGACGUUUUGAGAUUCUAAGUUUAGGCGGAUCUUACUUGGUGAAUGAAGGUGGUGGACCCAAAAGUAGGACAGGCGGUUUGAGUGUCUCUCUUUCUGGUCCUGAAGGUCAUGUUCUUGGCGGUGGGAUUGGAAUGCUUAUUGCAGCCAGCCUCGUUCAGGUGGUGGCUUCUAGUUUUAUAUACGGAGGAGUUGCGAAGCCUAAUAACACUAACAAGACUAUCAAACAAGAGAAUAAACCAAAGGAAGAGCACGACAACAGCGAAAUGGAGACAACACCAGCUAAUGCACCAGAAGAAGCUCAUGAGACGCCACAGGACUUCUCAGCGCAGGCAAUGAGUGGAUGGCCUGGUUCAGGGGAAGGUUCAGUCUCAGGCUCAGGCAGAUCACUUGACUCUAGCAGAAACCUACUCACCGAUAUUGACUUGACUCGCGGAUGAUUCAAAACGAAACAGUAUUGAUGUUUCUUCCUAUUUACUACCACUACCUUCUUUAGUUAUUGAAGCAGCAGCAGCAUCUAGAAAUGUGAGUGCUGUAAAUAUCUUUGUUGUUGUAGAUUUAUCUGGGAAUGUUAAAAUCCAGAAAUCUCAGAGGACUGAGACAGAUCUCUGAGUUCCUUCUAACAUUGUAAUGUAACAGAAUCCUUCUCUCUUCAGGUUAUUUAAGGAGAUGUUUGACUA